GUCUAAAGUCGAAAUCGAAAUAACGCUUAUAUUUGAACUACCAUGGAUUCAACAGAUCUCAACCCGCUAAUCGAGAAUUUGUCCGCGAACAUCGAUGAACUUGAAGAUGCUCUCGAGCCACUUUUGAAGACCUCAUUGCGCGACACGUCUAGCAAGCUACCUUUGCUUGACAAGGCGAAGCUCCAUGUGCUCACGACAUAUGCUAUCGAAUCAGUAAUAUUUUCAUACCUCAACCUCUCCUCCGUCGAUGCCAAGGCACAUCCUAUCUUUGAGGAGCUCAGUAGAGUUAAACAAUACUUCGCGAAGAUCAAACUUGCAGAAGAAGGACCAGUCAAACGUCCUGGGCAUCGAACGCUCGACACCUCGGCGGCGAACCGUUUCAUAAAGCACGGCUUAUCCGGCAACGAGCAGUACGACAAAGAUCGCACAGUGCGACAGGAGCGAGAGAAAGCAUCGGCUAAGAUUAAAUUCGAUCAAUUGACGGAAAAGGUCGAGAUGGAAAGACUAGAAAAGAAGAGGAAGGCGCAAGAGCUUGCGGAGCGACAGGGCGGCGCGGACGAAGAUAGUAGUUCAUCUGAUUCAAGUUCUGAGGAGUCAGAGACUGAGGAUAUGAAGCUGAAAAUAGAGGAGAAAGAACCAAAACAGGCUUCCCACAAGCCCAACAGGAAACAGAGUAACAAGGGAGUUGAAGCGACUCGCGACAAACACUAUGCACCGCGCGAUGGAAAGCCCGUUGCUAAGAAACAGAAAUCGAACAAAGCGCCAAGGGGACGCAGUGAAGCUUUUCAGGCUCUUCUGAAUAGACCAGUAGUGCCCAAGCCUGAAUCGAAUGCAACAGCACCUAAGCAAGAUUCCGAUGGCAAAACGCACAAAAUGAAGAGCUCUGAUGGCGUGAAGACACACAAGAAGAAAUCGAAGAAGUCUAAAGCCGACACUUGAUGCUCAUCCGCAUCCCUACAGUCAGGAGUAGAUGUCUACUGGACUAAAAAGCGAUUGAACCUUGAAAGCUGCCCAAGAGGCAAAGUUGAACUAAUUCGAGCUUCCGCACAAUAGCAGACGAGCCGGGACGCUGUACAUCACGCAGCGAUCACCCGAGCCUUGAUAGAUAGGGAAGGUCACAACACCCACACCGAACCCCUGUAGCUCUAGGCUAUCGAUGUCAAUGAUAUUUCAGCGCAAUCCAUAGCCUGAUGUCGCUCUUGGGCGAGACCGUUGAUGAGAUGAGACGGAAGAUUAGGAGCAUCCUCCGACAGCACAGCGCUUCACUUGUUGGACGAUGCACCUGCAUGAGGAUUUAAACCUUCUUUGUAUGCCUCGCUAAUCUUGGAUAGAUCAGCUAAACCACUUGCUGCAUUUACGUAGCACAAUAAAACUAUUCCAUGGCAAAUCACCUAUCAUGUGCUACCGUAAAUGCAUGGCGCAUAUGUCCC